GCAGGCUAUUCACUUUUCCUCUUGUUCUUUCUCCCCCUCUCCCUGGUUUCUCUGGGCACAUGGAGCAGCAGCGGCCAGUGAAGCAGUCCCUCAGCAAGUCCCUCUGCAGAGAAUCCCACUGGAAAUGCCUGCUUCUGUCCCUUCUCAUGUAUGGCUGCAUGGGAGCCAUGACCUGGUGCCAUGUGACCAAGGUCACCCGGCUGACUUUUGACAGUGCCUACAAGGGCAAGUCCUUGAUGUACCAUGACAGCCCCUGCUCCAACGGCUAUGUCUACAUCCCCCUGGCCUUCCUGGUGAUGCUGUACGUGGUCUACCUGGUGGAAUGCUGGCACUGCUACACCCGCAAUGAGCUCCAGUACAAGGUGGAUGUGGAAAGUGUACACGAGCGUGUCCAGAGGAUGCAGCAGGCCACCCCGUGCAUCUGGUGGAAAGCCAUCAGCUACCACUAUGUUCGCAGGACCAGGCAGGUCACUCGCUACCGCAAUGGGGAUGCCUACACCACCACCCAAGUGUACCAUGAGAGAGUCAACACGCAUGUGGCAGAGGCUGAGUUUGACUACUCCAACUGUGGGGUAAAGGACAUUUCUAAGGACCUAAUUGACCUGGAGAGCUACCCAGCUACACGGCUCCGCUUCACCAAGUGUUUUAGCUUUGCCAAUGUGGAGUCUGAGAACUCCUACCUGACGCAACGAGCUCGCUUCUUCACUGAGAAUGAGGGGCUGGAUGACUACAUGGAGGCCAGGGAGGGGAUGCACCUCAAGAAUGUGGACUUCAAGGAGUAUAUGGUGGCCUUUUCGGACCCAGAUAACCUGCCUUGGUACGUGUCCCACUAUGUCUUCUGGGUGGCUGCCCUCCUGACCCUGUCCUGGCCCUUGCGGGUGCUGAAUGAGUACCGCACCUCCUAUGUCCAUUACCAUGUGGAAAAGCUGUUUGGGUUUGACUUUGUGGCAGUGACGCCAGCUGAGGAGCGCUCCUUCUGCCGCAGGAUGCCCCGUGUCAAUACGGUGGACAGCACUGAACUGGAGUGGCACAUCCGGUCAAACCAGCAGCUGGUGCCUAGCUACUCAGAAGCUGUACUGAUGGACUUGGUGGGGCUCUCUAGCUGCACCAGCUACUCAGCCUGCAGAUAUGGGGGCUACCGGCAGAACUGCGAUCGGUGCCACAGGACUAUAAGCAGCUCUUCCAUCUUCUCCCGUAGCGCACUGAGCAUCUGCAAUGGUAGCCCCAGGAUCCCCUUCAGCAGCAGCCGCUUCUCGCUGGGCCGUCUCUACGGCUCACGGCGCAGCUGCCUCUGGCAGAGCCGCAGCGGGAGUCUGAAUGAGCAGAGCUGCCCGACGGAGCAGACCCGCCUCUCCAGCCAGGUCACUGUGGAGGAGGAGGACCCUCCCCCUUACCAGGAUGCCCUCUAUUUCCCCGUCCUCAUCGUGCAUCGCAACGAGGGCUGCCUCAACCAUGACCACCGCCACCUCCAUCGGAACGGGUCCUGUGUGGAGACCUCGCUGUGAGCAGGGAGGGCGGCCAGGUCUCCUUGCUGAGCACCACUGGGGGCCCACGUGUGGGCAGACGCAGGACGUAGGAAGGGAGGGGGCAAGCCAAGGAAACAAGGCUCUUGCUCCGUGCUUGGCAUGUGGGGCAGAAAGGUCGCUGCCUCUUGUUCCUGGAGCGAAGGUGCUCCACAUAGCCCCCAUGCCCUCUGGCAGCGAUGAUGUCGUGGAAGACGGGGUGACAGUAAGCUGGCCGAGCAAGAGCACCCCCUGUGGCAUGGCAUAAAACUACAGACCAGCUAUCACAUGCAAAAAAAAAAACAAAAAAAAAAACCAACAACAGAAGAGGGGGAACGGAAAGACGGGACAGAAAUGGGGAGCAGCAUGUCCUGGUUCCCAAUGCAGCUGCUGGAGACCCAGGUUGGCUUGAGUAGGGCUCAGAGAGAAUGACACCACACACUACCCUGCUGCAUCUCUGACCUCCGUCCCUGCCUCUUGCAGAGGCCAAGGGGACUGGGACUAGUGGAACUUUUCCUCUGGGACUGGUGUUUAGCUCCUAGUGUGCCAAAGAUCCUGGGACAGCCAAGCCCAUGGAGCUGAUGGGCAGCUUAGGGGAGAUGCUCAAAAUCCCCAAGUCCAGAUCUUUCCUUCCCUCCCCCCAGCAUUUCUUUUUUUUAUUUAUUCUUUUUUUUAGACCAUGCUCCGACUGUUACACUGUUCUCAGCUGCUGGGAGCAGCACCACCUCCAGAGGAUCCCAAGGCUAGAAAGCCUCAGCCCUGAAGCUCAGAGAAUCAGCAUCCCCUAGCUAGAGCUGAAAGCCUUCCAGGACUUUCCAUUCGGGCUUUCAGCAAGCAGAAAACAACAGGGGACAUAGAAAGGAACAUCCAGACAUGGCCAAAUGCAGUCACGGCAUGAAGCCAGUAGGGCUGGCUGGAGAAAAGUCCCUCUGCAAGGCAAACUAAGGAGACCGUUUGUGUGCUGGGCUCCUGGAACCAGGAUACCAGGAAGUACCAGGGGGUGAGUUGGGAAGCUGGGGUCCUCUCAGCCUUAAAGUGAAUGAGGUCCAGUCCUAAUUAAUUCAGCCAAGCCAGGAGUUGGUGGUGGGGGAGGAAGCUAAUAGGUUCAGUUGCAGAUCAUCUGUUAAUAAUAGAUGAGCAGGUUGGUGCCUCUUGUUUUGACGUGAAGUGAAGUAAGCUGUGGUAGGAUGGGGGCUGGGUUUGGACGGGAGCUCCGAGGGCAGAAGGGACAGGGGGUAGAUGGUUGUGUGGAGAUGCCCCAGAAUUUCUGAAGACCUUGGGGUCCAUGUAGGUGAAGGGAAAGGGCUGCUACCAACAUGUAACAAUGCAAAGAGAUUCCAGCCUCCUUGCUCCUCUUGAGUCCCACACCCCUUGCUGAAAGGUUCAUAUUGGCGCAUCAGUGUUUCUACUUUGGGUUCCUUGAAGUUACCUUCAGACGGCCUCUAAAGGCCUAGAAGUGCCAAGUUCAAAUGUAGGCAUACUGAGAGAAACUCUUGAAGCAGUCAUGAAAAGGACAUUUUCCUUCCUGUUUCCUCUUCAUGUGAGUAGAGCUGCUGUUUCCUUUCUUCAGCUGCACUGCCUGGAGUGGGCCACUUCACAUGCUGUGGCAUGUGCCUCCCAUGUGGUCCUAGCAGCUCGCACAGCUUGUACACUCACAUAAUGCUGGAUCAUAGAGUCCCAGUGGAUUUAUGAGGCAGAAAGCUCUCAUGAUAACCUGAAAUUUUGAAAAGCCCUGAAAUGCUUAACAAACCUAGGCAUAACAAGAAAAAAAACAACAACCUCAUUAUGCUGAAAUAGCUAAAUUAGGGAGGAAAUUACCUGACAGAGACCCUAAAAUAUCCCAGAUCAGUGAGGUAACAUACCUGGAAAUGGAAACAGAGUCCAAUAUGAGGAGUGGUGGCAUAAGUUUGCCCUUAAGGUCCCAAUCUUGCAGUUGGAUCUGGGUGGGCAGAGCCCUGCUGAUUUACCAGGCUCUGCCUGUACAGUCCAAGAGCAGGGUUUGGGUCCUAAAUGGGUCACUCUCUUUAAAUUGCUCCCCCUCAGCUAGCGCCCAUGGGCAUAACCUCCUGCUAGGCUGGCUUUGUGGACAAGGCCGUUCAGAGGCCCGCUCUGCCAACUCUUGGUGCUGAACCCAAUCCUGAUGGACACGAGUGACCAUGUGAAAUCAGUGCUGCUCCCCUCAUGAGCAGUGGUGCAGGAUUGGGCUCUCAGUGCAGAAUAGGGAUGGCCAGGUGGGACAUCUUUCUUUCAAGCUGAGCUGAAUCAAAACAAAUGGUUCACGUGGGGAGAUGCUGAAGAAAGCUCUGACCCAAUGUGUGGCUGCCCUUGUUGCCUUCAUCUCUUGUUCACACAUUCCCUUGUCAAGUGCAUCAGAAGAUGGGGUUUGGAUACCUGCAAGUGACCAUUGCUCCCUCCUUCACCUGCAUGUCACAUCCCUCACCACUUCCUGUCCCAUACCCCCUUUCUUAUAUAGAGGUGAAGCCCUUUCUCAUACAGAGGUAGCCUAUGAAGCUCCUUGAAUGAUGAAGGCUGUGCAAGGUGAGCCUUGUGAAUACUCAGGAGGGUGAAAGGAGAUGUAGUCAAGGCUGAAGGGUAUGUUCUGUAGAGACCUUUCAAAAUAAAGUUCCACCGGCUCUGUCCUGGCUUUGUUGUGGGUAUCUCUACCCUGUGGAGAGGAUGGAUUAGCCCACAUGGAGCUCUGUGCUGCCAGGCCUGGACUGAUUCCAGUACCGCAGGGAGCUUGCUUAAAGCCAGCUUGGGUACCUCUGUGCAAAUCUACCCGGCAUUUCCUUCUCAGUCAGAAGCUUCCCAGGCCUCUUUAGGCCACUGUAGUCCCUCUCUUGUUUUCUACAUGCUCUUUUCCCAGUCAAUCAACUGUUUUCUUCCUUGUUGGAGGCCCUAAUCCUCCCUAGCCCUUGUUGCCCACCAGCUUGUCUCCAUUCCCCUCACCCAUCCCAACACAGGAUGUGACCUGUAGUAAAUACCAUCUCCAGCUGGCAGCAGGCUGAAAACCCAAGUAGCAGCACAGACCUCUAACACUUGUGCUAAAGGAUUAACAUCAUUUGCUGGCCACAGCAGCAGGUGUAUAUCCCUGCUGGUGUGGGUCAGGUGUGAAGAUGAAGGGGGACAGGUAGAACAGUAGAGUACACCACAGUUAGUCCAACCAGACUUUCCUUUGCUAACUUAUUAGUCAGAGGGUCUGUAUCUACAGGGAAUGCUGUUAGGUUGCUUCACCUAGUAGAUCAGAGAGAGGUAGUUACCCAUGUUAGUCUAAAAUUAGGCAAGAGGCAGGGUGGAGUGGCACUUUAGAGGGUAACUCAGUUAGAAACCCUCUUCUGCAUUCUGCUAGAUCAGAGGCAGCUUUGUCCUGCCUCCCCAGCCCUUCUGGAUAAUAUUUGUUUUAGGGAACUGUUCUCUAAGAAAAGUCAGUACAUCAUCCAUUUCUUCACUAAACAAGGAGACCUCUUGCUUAUAAAGCAGAUGUCUGUCCCUUUGUUACUAGCUGGACCACCUUAUUGACUUCUCUCCUCUGCCCAGGAGGUUUGUGCUCAUCUCUGCUCUUCACUCCUUGAAAUUAGCUUGUUUGGUUUCACUUGGUGUCAGUUUUGUUUCUGGUUCUCAGGCAGUAGAUUCAGAGCAAAGACUGUUUGAACUGAAACAUUUUUUUUAAAGGUUCAUCCUCAAUUUUGUUAUGAUUUUGCCUUGUUAACUGCCCUACCCCCUAGUAUGGGGCAGGCCUACAUCCCGGGCUUUCAUUCCAGUGCCCCCAACACAUCUGAUAGGUGCAGAUUACCAUUUCCUGGGACACCCUCUUUCACUGUUCAUUCUGCGCUGUCUGCAGGCUAUUUAACCUUGCCUUGGUGGAAGGGGAUGCUGUGCCAUUGAUGCCAGUGGAGGCAGCAGUGUAGCAAUGUGGCUGGGUGUCCUCACUACAGGGACAGAGGUGGCUUCUGGUUGCCAAUGCAGUUGUGAACAUGCAGUUGCUGGCAGGAACUAUUUCUAUGCUCCCCCACACAAGCUGGCACCUGAGGUGGUUGCCCCAGUCACUACAUCCUAAUUACACCACUCAGUGGAGUUGUCGUCCUUAUGCCUGUUGGAUUUAGUUUGCUGCACAGAUUCAGGGUCUAGUGUAGCUCCUAUUAAUGUCAAGGGAAUGGCUCCUCAGGAGGUUAGUUGGGGAUGGUGAAAAGGGUCCUCAUGUCAUGGAAAGUCAGAAGUAACUACCCUGAAGCCAUGGAGUUCAAAUGAAGUAAGGACAGUGCUGAGUGGAAGGCAUCAGGCCCUCAUGUCCUUCCCAAGACACUCCAUUUUAAAGCAUGUACUCCUGUCUUAAGUGAGGGAUCACUUGAGAUCUUUCGGUCUCCAGUGAGAGAGGUGUCUUGUCUAGGUGGAUGCAUCAUGGGGUGUGGAAGGUCUCUCAGUUUCUCUCAGGCAGGGGGAACUGUAGAACUGGGGCAGGUUAGAAGGGUUUUCAUGCUCACCUCCUUUAUCACUGCUUCCCAGCCCCUUGCCCAUUAGCUUUGACCAGGCCCACUCUCAUAAAGGUGAUUCCCUGGGUUCAGGCUCUGCCUUCCUCAAGGUCUCAGCAUGGAGAAUCUCCUUCCAGGGAAAGGCCAGGUUUCCUAUCGAUGCUGCUGCUGGCUGGAGCAGAAGGGCAUCUGCAGGUUGAGAAAUGGGGCCCAUUCCUCACACCUGGCAUUCAACCAGCCACCCCCCCACACACUCUGCUCUCAACUUUCAAACUCAACUUCUCCCUGUGACACCCCCCCCAGCCCACCAGUUCAGCCACAAGCAGCCUUGUCUCUGCCCCCAGCAUUAUCUGCUGCUAACAGCUUGACAUGCACUCAAGCCUCUUACCCCACUGCGGCUUGCAGGGCCGCUGAGCAGAACACAUGCUUCUGCGAGACUCAGCAGUAAAGAACUAGGUUCAGUUACCAACCCCAGAUCUCCCCUGUUGUAGCAUGUACAUGGAGGCUACUGGGCACUCCUGGUUUGGCCACAGGAGCAGCUUGCUGCCUUGUAGGCCAGCCCCAGCUCUCCCAUAGCAGUUGGGUUGGAGUGGGCAGAAAAGCCUCCCUUCCCAUCCCAUGCCCCACUUCAGGAGCUGGGUGGGCAUAUGCAUUAGAGCAGCCUGCAACUGAACAGAGCCCCAAGCCACUCAGAGGCUGCAUGCGUGACAGCCCUUGUGGAGCCCCAAAUUGAACUUUUGCACAGGCCUCCCUGCCUCUGCCACUGGCCACUUAGCAGCCCUAUAUCUCCUUUCCUUGAUAGCUCCUGGGGUUGGCCAUGAGUUGCCCUUCACUCCAAUGUGUUUGCAGCAUGCAGUUGAGGGGUGGGGGGCAGGGUCUAUCAGCAUGGGGGUGGCUUGUGCAGCCCCAGAAAGGAGGAGCUCUUCGUAUCUCAGGCUAAUGCCACAAAGACAGGCUCAGCUUCUGUGCAUAUGUGCAGGGAAACAGCUCCUACCCAGCUUGACUCUGCAGCCCCAGCUGCCUGCGUACGCCAGCACACUGCUCUCCUGCGGUUAUCCCCUUAAUAGGCUCAGCUGUCCGGUUGAAUUAAGAUACCCCUUCCCAGCCAGAUAAGUGCGAUUCUUACCAUGGCAUGGACAAGCCCCCUCCUACGGGGAUGAGGCAAGGAACUACUGAGAUUGGACAAAUGCAGCAGUUGAUUAAUCCCUGCAAGAUCCAGCGGCUUCCCCAACAUGCUGACUCUUACCCAAGCUGUGUCCUAGGGGCACAAAGUAGCUCUCCAGGGACAGCACUCAGGGUUAUCGCGCCCUGUCUCCUGGCCUUGGGUAUCCCUUUGCUCUGGCUGAGAUCCCCCUGAGGCCACUCAAUGUUGGCUAAUGCAGGGAGGUGUAUUCAGGGGAACCGUCCAGCAUGCAGGACUUACUGGGGUUGGGUCCCCUUCUUUCAGCAAGCUGUCUUGCCCCCUCCAGGGAUGGCUCAGGCAACAGCAUCCAUUCCCAUCAUCAUAGAAAAACAUGGCUGGAAGGGACAUCAGGGGGAUUAUCUGGUCCAGGUUGUGGCUCAGGGAAGGUUCACCACCAUCUAAACCAGCUCAGACAAAUGCUCAACAGGGGCCUGAACUUGGAGUCCAGUAUACUAUCUUCUAGCUAUCCCCAUAUCCUGCCCUAGAGAGGGAUGGAAUGAUGUGGGAGCAGAGGCCAUGGCCAGGGCUGGGAUGUGUGUCUGUGAAGGAGGGAGAGGCUAGUGGCUGUGGGAUUUCUAUUAGGUGGGAGGUGAGGGGAGCUUGCCAGGGCAACAAAGUGGAGAUGCUUUCUUUCUCCACAGUAUUAGAAUUCAGCCCAAAGCAUCUCAUGCUCUACCCUCUGUAGCCAUCACACUAGUAUUUCCCCUGUCCUUGAUGGGGUAGGACCCCAAUACCUUAAAGCCCCCCAGGCUUGGUACCAUUAUCUUAACUGGCCCAGCCCCCACUCUUUUUUGCAGGCUGGUAUCUGAUCUCAAUCUUGCCUGCGCUAGUGCUGGUGAUUCCUCUGA